AAGUCAUCAAACCCUAUCCAACUUGCAUCAUCUUAGGCAAACACAAUAAUGUUAUGAUAAGCGAUAAGGCCAUAAUCUUCUCAACCCCUCCCUUCUUAUCUUUAAUCUAUCCCAUAAUUUCAGUAUAUUCUGUUUGGUUUCUCAUUUGACAGUUGAUGGACCGUUGUUUCUCUCUCGACAAAGCUCUUUCUUUCUCUUCUUUUUUACCAUCCCUGGUAAAACUUUCUCGGCACGAUUUUACCGCUCCCAACUCUUCUUAUACCCGCCGGCGAUCACUUAGGACUGGUUUUACUUCUGUUGAUUUCGAUGCCCAGAGUGUGUCCUCCGUCAAAGUCAGCGCCGGGCCUAGUCACUGUGACUUUAGCAGCUUGAACGCUCCUCUUGAACCGAGGUCGGCUCCCGGGAAGCUUUUAAGCGGCGUCCUACAGAAUCAACGGCAGUUCUUCCACUUCGCCGCAGCCGAUGAACUUAAGCGGCUCGCCGAUGAUCGUGAUGCAGCCGUUGCUCGUAUGUUAGUUAGCUCGGAUUCUGAUGAAGCACAUCUUCACAGAAGAAUUGCUCAACUGAAAGAGCAGGAGUGCCAAGCUGCUGUGGAAGAUGUCAUGUACAUGUUAAUCUUUUACAAAUUCUCCGAAUUCAGUGUACCAUUGGUUCCAAAGCUCUCCAGGUGCAUUUACAAUUGUAGACUCGAGAUAUUGCCUUCGAAAGACUGGGAGCUAGAGUCCAUACAUAGCAUUGAGGUUCUGGAGAUGGUUAGGGAACAUGUCAGCACUGUUAUUGGCUUGAGAACAAACUCAAGUGUUACAGACAAUUGGGCUACCACCGAGAUCCAACGGCUCCAUUUAAGUCGACUUUAUGCAGCCUCCAUCUUCUAUGGCUAUUUUCUCAAGUCUGCCUCCUCUAGACACCAACUGGAAAGAUGCUUAACAUUGGUUCAUCAAAAACGUCUGAACCAUAGGAACUCCCUCCAGUUUCUGGAUCUUUUACCUUGUGGAAUUAAGAGUCUUGUGUUUGGCCAUAUCGGAGACAUGCAAUUUGCUCCAUUAGGUCAAGGAAUGGGUAUACUGGAUACGAAUCUCAAAGAGUUAAGGUGUUACGUAAUGGGAUUCGACCCUGAGACACUGCAACGAUGCGCCAAACUGAGAUCCAAAGAGGCUGCAAAUUUGAUCGAGAGGCACAGCUUUGCGCUCUUUGGUGACGAGCAGACAGGUAUUCCCAAGACGGAUGAGGUGAUUAAGACAUCUUUUUCCAGCCUGAAGAGAUUAGUUUUGGAAGCUGUCGCCUUCGGUUCGUUCCUUUGGGACAUUGAAGAAUACGUCAACACGGUGUAUAAGCUGAAGGACAACUGAUUUGAGAAGGGGAAGUCAUAGCAGUUGAGUAAAAUCUGUUUGUACGGAGGAGAGAUGUUUUUCCUACGUGAUUGCUCUGGUUUGCAGGAACUAGUAUUGUAUA